AUGGUCGCAACUACGAUCACUUUCACCAAGCCCGGCGUACAGGCCCCAGUUUAUGUUGCUGGAGGCUUCACAGACUGGCAACCCACUGAGAUGAACUAUGAGGCAGUGGAAAAGGACGGAGUGGUCGAGAACCAUUUCUCCUACACCGCCGACCUUCAACGCGGUGAAUAUCAGUACAAAUUCCGACUUGGACCUGGCGACUGGUGGGUUCUUGAUGAAUCCACCCCAACUUCGGACGAUGGUGUCGGAAAUAUCAACAACCUCCUCAUUGUGCAACCUGAAGAGACCAGACUUCCCGCAGAUACGCCCGCUGGACGGGAGGCGGAAGUUCCGGUUUCCACCAGCAGUGUUGGAGACACUGAGAGCCCAACUGAGAUAUCGGCCGAGGAGGAAGCACCCAAGGAUACUCCUCCUGAACAUGAACCUCAAGCAGCAGCGACCGCCCCACAGACGGCCGUUGAGAACUUUGAUGGAACCAAAGAAGACACCAUCCCAGAUAUCGCGCCUCCUCCGUACGAAGAGCAUCAUGCUGCCCCUGCGUCUGCAACUUCCCAUGAGACAGCACCUGCAGUGAGCAUUGGCAUUGAGAAAAAGCCAUCAGACUCUGGCGCAGGGACAGGGACAGGGACAGGAACAAAAAGUGUCCAAUCCGAAAUCAAACAGACUGUCCCUUCGUGGUUUACGCAGAGUCCGGUGUUGGUUGCCGCUAUCAUCGCGGUGCCUGUCUUCAUCUCUUACAUCUGGUAUCGAUAG